AUGAGCCUCGACAGAGAACCCCCGAACUACUUUGGCGCCGGCCCCGCGGUGUUGCCGACCACCGUGCUCCAGCAAGCGGCGGUGGACUUGCUCAACUACGCCGACCAGGGCAUCGGCAUCGGCGAGAUCUCGCACCGGAGCAAGCCCGCCAUCCAGGUGAUCGACGACACCAAGGCGGCGCUCAAGCAGCUCAUGGCCAUCCCUGACAACUACGAGGUGUUCUUCAUGCAGGGCGGUGGCACCACUGGUUUCUCCUCGAUCGCCUACAACCUCGCCGGCCAUUAUGCCACUGAGCACGGCGCCAAGGGGCGCGCCGCUUACGCCGUUACCGGGCUGUGGCUGAAAAAGCUGGCGGAGGAAGCCGCUAGACUUGGGUUGGACGUCGACGUUGUUGUCAACACUAAGGAAGACAAAUUCGCCACCAUCCCCCCUUAUUCGCAGUGGAAGCCGUUGGCUAAGGACACCGCCUACUUGUACGUGUGCGACAACGAGACCGUCAACGGCACCGAGUUCCCCGACGUGCCUCCCGCCGACUAUUUGCCUGAAGGCUGUGUGCUUGUCGCUGACACGUCGUCGAACAUUCUCCUGAAGAAGGUCGAUGUUUCGAAGUACGGCGUGAUCAUGGCGGGGGCGCAAAAGAACAUCGGUUUGGCUGGUUUGACCAUCUACAUCGUGCGCAAGGACCUUUUGACUUAUGACGAUGCUAAGGUUAAAGCCGCCGGUUUACCGUUGGUGCCGAUUGCGUUCAAGUGGGACACGGUGGUAGCGAACAACAGUGCCUACAACACUAUCCCCAUCUUCACCUGCCACAUCCUCAAGUUGGUGACGGAAAAGCUUAUUGCUGAAGGCGGUGUCGAAGCCGUUGAAGCGCGCAACCAGCAAAAAGCCCAGUCGUUGUACCUGGCGCUCGAGGCUUACCCCAACUUCUACAAGUUGCCGGUGGCCGACCCCAAGGUGCGGCUGAAGAUGAACGUGGUGUUCACGUUGCCCCUGGCCGAAUUAGAGGCGAAGUUCUUGAAGGAAGCCGGUGACCAUGGGCUCACGGGGCUUAAGGGCCACCGUAGUGUUGGUGGCAUGAGAGCGUCGCUUUACAACGCGGUGACGUUAGAUAGUGUCAACAAGUUGGUGGCGUUUGUCACCAAGUUUGCCGAGGAGAACCAGUAA